AUGGCAGAAAAAUCACCAGUAAGUAGCUUGUAUGAAUUAUGUGCAAUUUGUUUAAUACGGCCUAAAUUUAACUUAGUCCACGAGAGUACGAAUACUAAAGAUCAAUUAUUUGUAUAUGAAACCACUUUGAAGUACAGAGAAAAUGAUGUAAGAGUUGUAGGAAGCAGCAAAAUAAAAAAAGUGGCUAAGGAAAAUGCAGCCAGAUCGGCGAUUAAAAAGCUUACUGAACUUUUAUCUGAACUCGAUCCACCAUCAAAGAACAUUGAAUUAGAAAACUUUGAAAAGUGUUUUGGUCAUGAUAUAAUUAUUAAGUUAAAAGAUCAUUGUAAAGUCCAAAAAUUACCUAUUCCCGAGUUUAUGAUAACUGACUAUCUGGGGCCACAUCAGGCAAAACAAUUUACAAUAAAGUGCUCUGUAGGAUCGUUUGAGCAAAGUGGAACAGCUGGUUCAAAGAAAAGGGCUAGACGACUAUCAGCAUACAAAAUGUUCGAAAAAUUAACAUCGGCGGCUAAUACUGAUAAUAAAACACUCAUUCCAGAGCAAAAAUCCCUCCUGGAAAACCUUGAUCCUGUUGGAAAAUCUGUCCACGAAAAAUCUAACAAUGACAUAGUCAUAAUGAAAGGAGCUGGCUUAGAAGUAGAGUGCUCUAAAUGA